CCAUCAGCUGUCAUUGGCUGUCAUUGGUCGUCACACACGUAGGGUAGGCAGUAGACUCGUUUUCACUUGUUUUGUAUUCUGGAAAGUUUAGCGGGAGAAUAUACGGUGAGAAGUAGUCGUUGAGCCAUCAAGCUCGGGAUUGAUGGUGGAAACGGAUAUAUCGUCAUCAAUUAACGAAUUUUGCUCAGAAUUCUCAAAGUCAAAGUCAACGAUGAACGACACGUUGGAAUCCGAUUACGCGAAAAUGCUUCACGACAUAAACAGAGUCAUAUCGGAUGAUUACACGCAUCCCGAGACGGUGGACGGUGUGCCGAUAAGAAAGUUAUUUGUCAGCAAUUUGGCCGAAAGGACAACCUUCAAAGACUUGCGCAAGUGCUUCCUUACUUACGGCAACGUCGAGAGUUGCUACCUGCGCAGAAAUCAAGGCAAGAGUAAUUACGCAUUUGUCACAUUUGCCACAGUUUCGGAUGCAAUGGCAGCCCUGCAGGAUGGAAGUAGAAAGCAAAUAAGGUUACACAACAGAGACUUGAGAGUGAUGCCCGCGGACUCUUGGCAUCAACCCGACAGCAUCGAGCAAAAAUUCUACAUGAGGAAGGAGCGGAACAGAGCUUCCGACAGACCUGCCAGCGAGCAAUAUUCUCAAGGAUGUCUGCAGAACGACAGCGAGAAUGUAUCCAUCCACAUGUUGAAUGACGAUUGUUUGAGACACAUCUUCCUGUUUUUGCCCAUUGCGGACAGAGUCCGCAUAGAAAGAGUUUGCACACGUUGGAGGAUAUUGAGCCAAGAUUCCUGGCACAUGAUGAGGGCGCUAGACCUCUCACCGUUCACGUGGGGUCUGGCAACUCACACGAUUCAUACUGCCAAGCUUCGUAAACUACUAUUAAAAUGUGGCCGGUUCUUAACGCGAAUAAACCUGUCUGACUCGAUCCAUUGUUUGAGUCAGAGUACACUGACCAUAAUCGCCAAGUUUUGUCCCAACCUCACGAGCAUCGACGUCACCGCGCUGACCGUCUGCAGUUCGGGCAUAGAAGCAUUAGCGCACAACUGUAACAACAUAACGAGAUUCAGCCUAGGGCCGUCAACGUACUGUUGCGACAACGAAUUGAAGAAUUUCUUCUCACGGAACAAGGGCUUGGAGUAUCUUGCGAUCAGCAGAAAUAGUCUUUUGGGCAAAUCUCUGUCGGGCCUGCCGGCGGAAACCGUGCAUACAGUUAUAUUGGAGAGGUGCGACCUUAUUCAGGAUGUUCAUCUUUCUCUGGCACUGAAGAAGCUCCAAAGCCUCGAGCAUCUCGCGAUAAACGACUGCAUCGGCGUGGCUGAACGCACAUUGGAGACCAUCGGCGAGCAUUGUAAAAGCCUGAGAGUACUGGAGCUCCGUGGGGACUUCCCUUUCACGCAAACGUCCGACAUGCUAUAUCUCACUCGUCUCGUUGGUCUACAAAUCUUGAAGAUUACGUACAAUCCGAAAAUGUCGGACGAGUUCCUCGCCAGCUUGGUGCAACGAUGUCAGCAACUCGUCUGCCUCGACAUAACAUGUUGCCGCAACGUGACGGAUGACGGAUUGACGGCGGUCGCUACGCUAACGAAGCUGGAGAGAAUGACAAUUAGCUAUCUAGAUCGGAUUACCGAUAGCGGAUUGCAGGAUAUCUGCGGCUUGAAAGAGUUGGAAUGCCGGAACUGUCCGUUCAUCGGCGAUCACGGCGUGUCGAUGCUCAUCGAAUCCUCACCUCAGUUACGACUGCUGGACCUCUCAGGUUGUCACGAUAUCACUUCCACCGUUUUUCACGUUGCCAAAGACGCGUGUAACAGUCGGUCCAACAACGUAAUGUUGAAACUUAUCAUUGGAGGCACGUCGAUUAUGCCCAAGCACGAAACCGAUGAUGAUGAUGAUGAUGUAGAUGAUGAUAAAGAUGAUAAACUGUCGCCGCUUUUGCAAAUCGUUAAUGUCGAUUUGUCUGAUCGACGUAUAUGCACUGCCAUGUAUACGGACGAUGAUGACGACGACGACGACGAGGACGACGAUGACGACGACGACGAGGACGAGGACGAUGAUUAUUUCGAUUACGAUGACGACGACGACGCGGUUUAUUGGCUCGGGGAUGAUUCCGAUAAUUCGGAGGUACUCUAUUGCGAAAGUUUUAACAUAUAUCCCCCUCUUCAAAGAUUCUACUUUUAGUUUAAUGCGCAACAGCUCAGAUUUAGAGCGUGGUUUCUUUCAUAGUUUUCUACGUGAUGUCGGCUCAUUUUCUACGAAAAAUCCUCUAUCGGAUUGCCAUAUUCCUAAGAAUUUGUACACAAGUUGUUACUCGACGAUUGAUACAUUGUAUAGGCAACUUUAUGUUAUAUUUCUUCUCCAUGCUGCCCUACAGAGAAAAAGAGAGAGAGAGAGAGACAUUACACAGUAUAUAAGUUAUUUAAUAUGUAAGUUAUUUCGCAUUGCAGUACGAGAUAAUAAAAUCAAGCAAACCAAU